UUACCUCACUGCCUCUCACCCACCCUCUCGCACUCUGUCUCUCGACUCUCUCUCUCACUGUCCGGCGUAUCCACCGGCGGGCGGCCAUCUUCUCCGUCCACGACUCCACGAGGACCUACUCUAGGGGUCGAGGCCAUCGCCAGUCCGCCACGGCGCCACCAUCUUCUCCGGCGUCUGCUCUAGCCCCCAGGCGACCAGGCCAGUAUGCCACCGUCAUCCGCCACUGCGUCCUGAAUCUUCUCUGUCGCCGACUAGCAGGCAUAUCAUUCUUGCGGGAACCACUCAAAAGUUCCGGUCUUUGACGUACUUGCAAAUGCUUGGUCUCCUCCCACAUUCACCAUGCUCGACGAAUUGUCUGAAAGAAUUACUCAAAAGACUGCUAUCCACAUCUAUUAAUAUUAGUCAGAACACUGCACCAAACUUCAUAAACGAACAAUGGAGUAAUGAUUACAUAAGCUCAUUGUGCAAACGGAAGCUAUUUAAAGGAGCUCUCGAGGCAUUCGAGCUAUUGAAAAGGACUACGAUUUAUCAUGUAUAUCCCAGCACAUAUACUAAUUUGGUAUACGCCUGCUCAUCCUUACGGUCCUUGGACUCUGCACGAAAACUUUACAACCAUGUCUUGAUGUCUGGUUAUGAACCCGAUAUGAUCUUUCAGAAUCAUGUUCUUAAUAUGUUUGGAAAGUGUGGAUCAAUGAGGGAUGCUAGAAGGGUUUUUGAUCAAAUGGUGGAGCGGAAUGUGGUAUCUUGGACUUCAGUUAUUGCUGGGUACUCGCAAAAUGAUCAGGAAAUAGAAGCAAUAAGAUUGUAUUUUCAGAUGCGCCAGUCGGGAAUAAUGCCAGACCCAUUCACUUUUGGGAGCUUACUCAAAGCUUGCUCUAAUUUGGGUGAGCUAGAGUUAGGACAGCAGUUGCAUUGCCAGGUUAUAAAGUCAGAAAGUAAUUCUCAUCUUAUUGCUCAAAAUGCUCUGGUUGCGAUGUAUACAAAGUUCAGCAUGAUUAACGAGGCAGCGAAUGUGUUUUCUCGUAUCAAGUUGAAGGACUUGAUCUCAUGGAGUUCAAUCAUAGCUGGUUUUUCGCAACUUGGCUAUGAGUUGGAAGCCCUGCAUCAUUUUAGAGAGAUGUUUGGUCAUGGAAUUUACCAGGCGAAUGAAUUUAUUUUUGGCAGUGUAUUUAGCGCCUGCAGCAGUCUUUUGCAGCCUGAAUAUGGAAGACAAGUACAUGGUAUUUGUAUAAAAUAUGGGCUAGGGCAAGAUACUUAUGCGGGUUGCUCUCUUGCUGAUAUGUAUGCGAGGUGUGGCUUGUUAGAAUCUGCAAAAACUGCAUUCUACCAGAUAGACAACCCUGAUAUAGUGUCCUGGAAUGCAAUUAUUACCGGGUUUUCUAGUAGUGGCGAUGCUAGUGAAGCAUUGGCUUUAUUUUCGGAGAUGAGGCAUCUGGACUUUACUCCAGAUGAUCUCACAAUGCGUUCUCUUCUCUGUGCUUUUGUUAGUCCCUUAGCCCUGUUUCAGGGAAAACAGGUACACGGUUUUAUUAUCAAGAUGGGGUUUGAUUUGUACAUUCCGGUAUCUAAUACCUUGCUUUCGAUGUAUUCAAAUUGUUCAGACCUUUUUAGUGCAUAUAGGAUGUUCGGGGAAAUUCAACACAAUGCUGAUCUAGUUUCAUGGAAUGCUAUUCUUACGGUGUUUAUACAACACAAUGAGGCAGGAGAAGUUUUCUCGCUAUUUAAGAUGAUGCUUCAAUCUCAUUAUAAGCCUGAUCGUAUUACUUUAGUCAAUAUAGUUGGGGCUUGUGGGAAGGUAGCCUCUCUAGAAAUGGGAGAUCAAGCUCACUGCUAUGCUCUGAGAACCGGGCUUAGUCUCGACAUCACAAUCAGUAAUGGAUUAAUUGACAUGUAUGUUAAGUGCGGCUCAAUGGAAAAUGCGAGGAAGCUCUUUGAUGGUAUGGAGAAUCGUGAUGUAUUCUCGUGGAGUAGUUUGAUUGUGGGGUACGCUCAGUUCGGAUAUGGGGAAGAAGCCCUAAAGCUUUUCGGGGAAAUGAGGAAUUUAGGUGUCAAACCAAGCCAGGUAACAUUUGUCGGGGUUUUAACAGCUUGUAGUCAUUUUGGGCUGGUAAAGGAGGGGUGGCAGAUGUUCCAGCAAAUGGAAAUGGAGCACGGAAUUGUACCUACGAGAGAGCACUGUUCUUGUGUCGUUGACAUGUUUGCUCGAGCUGGCUGCAUAGACGAGGCCGAAGCUUUUAUCAAUCAAAUGCCAUUCGAUCCUGACAUCGUGAUGUGGAAAACACUGUUGGCGGCCUGUAAAACACGUAAUAAUCUCGAUGUUGGAAGAAGGGCUGCAGAGAAUGUUUUGAAGAUCGAUCCCUCGAACUCUGCAGCCCACGUGUUACUCUGCAACAUAUAUGCUUCUACUGGAAAUUGGAAAGAUUUUGCCGCAGUGAAAGGUUCAAUGAGACAAAAAGGUAUCAAAAAAGCUCCAGGCCAAAGUUGGAUCGAGGCCAAAGAUAGGAUUCAUGUUUUCUUGGCCGAAGAUUGUCAGCAUCCAGAACGAGAAAAAAUAUAUGCAAUGCUAGAUGACCUGUGGUUGCAAAUGUCGGACGCUGAUUAUGUUCCAGUUCAUGUUUAAAGAUUCAAUUUUUUUAUGAAACUCUCGAGAAAUCUUCAAGUUAUGCAGUCGGGAUUCAGGCUAGUUCGAGCCAGAUUCUAGACACAAGAUGUACCCAAGGAAGACCUAACUUUUACGCGGAGAGCUAGGAGGCCAUUGAAGGCUUUAAGAGGGCUUGUGAGACAAACGACGCCCACCAAAUCAGCAAAGACAAAAGCGCGGUUGCAAAGUCCAUUAGGCGUGGAGAAUGGGACUCUUGAAAAGGGAUCAGCGGGUUCUGUGAAGAAGCAGCUCUCGUACCCAAUCUUCACCAGCCAGGCCAAGGUGUGCCGCCAUCUCCAUUGCUGGAAAUACAAAUGGGGAAGAUCAACUAAUUGUUCUCAUUAAAAUGGUGCUAUAGCAGAGAACAAUGACUGGAGAAAAAAGAUGAUUGUAUUCAUGUAUUUGUAAAACUUCAGCUCCUCUGCAGAAUUGUACUAAAGAUUCAUUGUUGUUUGGUGUCUGGUUCCAGAUAAAGUCAGCAGAGUAUAUUGAACUACAGUCUUCAUCUUUUGUGUAUGUGAGUGACAACUCAUUUACAAGUGACUAAUGUGAAAUUUCUUUAGUUUUUAAGUUCAAA